CAAAUUGAUCACGUCUCUCAGAGUUGUCUAGAACUAAACCAACACUCAUAAACAAACCUGCAACUAGUUAAGAAAUGUCGUCGUCGUCCACUUUUGCCGGGGAUGAGCUCGCUCCAUUCUUCGGCUUUCUGGGAGCCGCAUCCGCCCUUAUUUUCUCCUGUAUGGGAGCUGCUUAUGGAACAGCCAAGAGUGGGGUCGGGGUGGCGUCAAUGGGAGUGAUGAGACCGGAGCUGGUGAUGAAGUCGAUAGUGCCGGUGGUCAUGGCCGGUGUUUUGGGAAUUUACGGCUUGAUCAUAGCUGUCAUUAUCAGUACAGGAAUUAACCCUAAGGCUAAGUCCUACUAUCUUUUUGACGGUUAUGCUCAUCUCUCCUCCGGUCUAGCUUGUGGUCUUGCCGGACUUGCGGCUGGAAUGGCUAUAGGCAUAGUCGGCGAUUCUGGCGUUAGGGCGAACGCACAACAGCCGAAACUUUUUGUUGGAAUGAUUUUGAUUCUCAUAUUUGCGGAGGCAUUGGCUCUUUAUGGGCUCAUUGUCGGGAUCAUUCUAUCUUCACGAGCUGGACAAUCAAGAGCAGAAUAAGGAGAUAUUUUUUGUGUUCCUCUAUUACUACUGAGAUUGUAAUGUUCUAAAAACUGUCUUAAUUAGCUUAGAGAUCGAACUAAUAUAAUAAAGCUUUGUAAUGCUGCUCACUUUUCAUA